CAUGAGAACUUGGUGGAAAUUUCCGGGACAGCUACUGCUGAUUCUUCUUCUGGUGGUGGCUUCCUCGGAGGCGAUGAGGAUGCGUGGUGAGCCCAUGCCGGGUCUCGCCAAUGUCAACAGGCAUCGCAAUGGCCAGGAGGCGACCAAUAGCCAACCUCAGGGACGUAUCACUGGCGGCAACACAGCCUCCGAGGGCAGCUGGCCCUGGAUUGCAUCCAUCCAGAAUGUGUACUCCUAUCACCUGUGCGGUGGCAGCAUUAUCGACAAACGGUGGAUUCUGACCGCCGCCAGUUGUGUGACGGCUUUAAGGGCUCGCAACCUGCUGGUGGUCACCGGAACCAAUGAUUGGUGGAGUCUCAGUGCCAGUUACUACCUGGUGGAUCAGAUCCAUGUGCAUUGCAACUUUGACAAGCCACUGUAUCACAAUGACAUUGCUCUGUUGCACUUGGCCGAGGACAUUGUGUACGAUGAGGUGACCCAAAAUAUCACCCUGGCGGACAUUGAUGAGUUGGAUGUGGGUGAGACCCUGACCUUUGCCGGCUGGGGUAGUACCGAAGCCAUGGGCACCUAUGACCGGUAUCUGAAGGAAUCCUCUGGCACUUAUGUGUCCGUUGAGGAAUGCAGUAAUCUGUUGGGCAACACAGAUGAGGUGGAUCUGGGCCAUGUCUGUGUCCAGAUGCCGGUGGGCAAGGGUGCCUGUCAUGGAGACACCGGAGGACCGUUGAUUGAUAGCCAGCAGCGAUUGGUCGGACUUGGUAAUUGGGGCGUGCCCUGCGGUCUCGGUCAUCCGGAUGUUUAUGCGAGAACUGCCUUCUACCACGAUUGGAUCCGUACCACCAUGAACGGCUGUACAAUCGCCUAGACAUUGGCCACCUCUUAUCGGUGCACUGAGGAAAAAACUGCGACUUAAAGAAAGUUCAGCAAGUCUUGAUUUCUUGCACAUAGAAAUCUUGAAGCUUUAUUAAACGUUGUAAUAAACAUGAGUUGGAUUUUUAUUUCAA